AUGUCUCUCUCUCCUGACGCCUCUGGCGAUUUUGUCGGGGUGAUUCAGCUCUCCAAACCUUAUUUGAGCAAGGACGAGAUAAGCCAUCUUUUCAAGAACAGCUUGAUGGACGACAGCCUGGCCAGAGCUUACAAAGUCAAAAAAAGAGAGGUUUUCCAGUUUCUAUGCAAACUGAUCAAGGUGCUCCAAUUUCCCACUAAAAUUCUGCAGGGCUGUUUCUAUUACUACCAGCGGUUCUACAUGUUCAACAGCUUUGCCAAGUACGGCAGCGCGCACUACGACGUCGGCAUUACCGCCCUUUUCAUUUCGCUCAAACAAAACGACUACAUUAAAAAACUCUCUCUGGUUAUCUCAGAGGCAUACAAAUUACGUGGCAUCGUGGCUACGCCCCAGGAGCAAGAUGAGCACCGAAAACGACUUCUGAGCAUGGAGAAAAAGUUUAUGGAAUUUGGGGCCUUCGAUUUCCGGUAUUUCCUCAUCGAGGAGCUCCUCAUCAAGUACGCCAAAUACUUCAGAAUCCCCAGAGAGGUCUGUUUUCUGAGCUGGUCGAUGCUGAACGACUUGUAUGCGACGGAAUUGCCGCUGCAAUGGCCUUCGAACUUUAACGCAAUCGUCGUAUUGCGCACCAGCCUGCUUGUCUGGAACGAACUGAAUUUGGAAAGAAAAGUUGAGCGUCUGCUCAAUGAGCGCGAGGUUGCUGUCCAUGCGCGAAAGGACGAGGUCAACAAUGCUGUUAAUGAAUUUUUGGAAUACUAUCUAGACAGUUACGAGACGUCGUUCAUGAGAGACGCGCUGGAACAGCUGAAACUGAGAACCGACAGCAAACAUAUUAUAAAUGACGUGAUUCUCAACAUCAAAAUCAGUUUGCACCAGGACGACAGAACCAAUGGCUCGCAGCCGCCCCGGAACCUGGAUGAAGAUCUUUUCUUCAAGUUGCGCGACUACGACGUGGGUAAGACUGGCUCGGUCAGAUUUCUGUACAGCAAGAAAAAGUAUCUGGACGAAGUGAGCCAGUACGCGAGCGAAAAGGAGAGGUACACCCAGCAAAAGGCUGCCGCGCCCAGACAGGCACCGACACAGCCCACUGGGAAGAAUUACAGGGCGCCACCUGCCCAUGGAGUGCCAAAUAACCACUCCCCACGUCCGCAUCCGAACUCUUCCUACCAAUCUAAUAACCGUGCCGCCCCGCGAAAAACCUUCAAAAAGAACUACCAGCACAGCUACAACCCGAACCGCAAACAUAAGCCAGAAAGACCUUUUGACAAAUAA